AUGGCGGAGCUCAAGGCGGAGGCCUCGGCGCGUCCUCACGCGGAUCGCGAUCGCAAUUGUGAGUUUCUAGCUGAUUCUCGGGAGGAUCCUAGUUCUCGGGUGGAACAAGAAGGUGUAGGGCUAGAUUCUAGGAGGGAUGAUGUUCGCAAGGAUGAGCAGCUUGAUUUGGAGCGCGCCUCGGUAGCUCCUGGUGCCAGCGACGCUGAGGAGGACAAGAAUGUCGAGGUAGUGAGGAGGGUAGAUGAUCCUGGAAUUGAUCAAAAGGAGGGAGAAAGGAGGUUUCAUGGAGAGAAGGUCGAGGAUGAUUUGAAUGAGGGAGAGAAAAACAUCCAGGACGAUGGAAGGGAAGAGAAGAAGCUCGAGGAUGAGAGGGAGAAAAAGAUCCAGGAAGAGAAGAAGCUCGAGGAUGAGGGAGAGAAAAAGAUCCAGGAGGAAGAGGGGAAGGUCGAGGAUGAUCGAAGUGAGAGAGAGAAAAAGAUCCAGGACGAGCAAGAGAAGAAGAUCGAGGAUGAUCGAAAUGAGGGAGAGAAAAAGAUCCAGGACGAGCAAGAGAAGAAGAUCGAGGAUGAUCGAAAUGAGGGAGAGAAAAAGCUCCAGGACGAUCUAGAAGUCGCUGGGAGCCAGGAGGAAAUGCCGAUGGAGGCUGCAGGCGACCCGACCAAGCCAAAGAUCUUGCGGACGUUCGAGAGGAGGAAAAAGCCGAUGAAGGUGUUCGAGAGAAGGAAGAAGAAGGUAGAUGGUGAGGCUUCGGGUGGGAACGAGGACACUGAGAAGAAGGAGGCCAUAGGUGCUGAGAAGAAAAAACUCAAGAGGCCGAGGCCGGAUGAUGGUGAGGAUACAAAGCUGGCGCAGGAGGGCAAAGUCGCGAAGAAACCGAAGGAAGGAAAGCAGCGCAACCUGAAAGAGAAGCUAAGGGAAGAAAAACAGGGCACUUCCAAGGAGCAGUCAAAGGAAGGGAAGCUGAAAAACGUGAAGCAGACCAAGAAGCUGUUAAAGUGUCAGUCCGAUGACUCAAAGAAGGAGUCGGGCGAUGCAAAUGGUUUAUCGAGCGAGCGUAAAAGAACUCAGGACAGCGAAAAGAAAAAGGUCGAAAAGAAAGCCCUGAAGAGAUCGAGUGAUGCUGACAUUAAGGAUACAAAGCAGGCGAAGAAGAACAAGGCCUCGAAGGAGACGACGGAGAAGCAGGACAUUUUGAAGGAGCAGCUGAAGGAAGGGAAAAAGGAGACGCUGAAAGAAGGAAAGAAGGAGAAGCUGAAAGAAGGAUUGAAGGACAAGGAGAAGGAAAAGUGGAACGAUGUGAAGAUCAAGGAUCGGCCGAACCUGUUCAGGUCUCAGUCCAAUGAUUCAAAGAAGAAGGAGGCGAAAGUGUCUACUUCCAAAGAAUCUAGCGACGGCAAAAGACCUGAGGUGGAAGAUGCUAAAAAGCCCCUGAAGACUCUUCAUGUGGAGCCCGAGGCCCUGAAUAAUACGUUGGAGGCAAUCUCUACUCCGGUUUCGAGGCUUCUUGACGGUGGAGGUUCAAACAAAGUUCGUGAAGCUUACGAAGCUGCGAAAGAAUUGAAGCAGCGUCGCCUAGCCCUGAAAGAGGAAACGGCGUCGGCAUCCAUGAAGUUUCUGAAAGCAGCGGCUGAAUCAAAGCAGCAAACGCAAUCGGACUCGCCUGUUUUCAAGGAACCUACACCGGACAAUACAAGUCCCGCCGAGAAAGAGAAGCAUGGAAGCGACGCUAAGAAACUCAAGGAAAGGGAGAAAGGAAUAGCGCUGGAGACUUUCCAGGGGAUGCUUGAAACGCUCACGCGAGCCAAAGAGAGCAUUCAAAAAACUACGCUCUUUGCGAUGGAUUGCGCAAACAAAGGAAUCGCCAAACAGGUCAUGGAUGCUAUAAUGCGCAAACUUAAGAGGGAACGCGAACACAAGAAGCGCGUAGAUUUGUUGUUCUUGGUGGAUUCCAUGGCGCAGUAUCAUCAUCACAAAGGUGGACCGGAUUAUGCUUCUAUCGUGGAAGGCUGUCUUGCUCGUUUCCUGACUGCCGUCGCUCCUCCAAACAGCCCCUCGGAAAAUCGCCAGCAGUGUGUGAAGGUGGUGAACUUGUGGGUGAAGAGGAACAUCAUGAAAGAAACUCUCCUCAAGGACACCAUCGCCAGGCUCGGCAUGGAAGCGGGUCUCAACACCACACAGCGGCAGUACCAGCGUCACGACCGUGCAUUCCACGAUCCCAUGCGUGAGAUGGGCAGUGACAUGCUUGUGGACGAGUACGGCAGCAACACAAGCUUUCAGCUCCCUGGAUUUCUCGUCCGGAGGGACGACGAGGAGGACGAAGAGAUGGAGAUGGAGAUGGAGAUGGAGAUGGGAAUGGAUGUGUCUCCGGUGAAAGACCAUAAGCUCAAGGUGGCUAUGGAGGAAGCGCCAGAGCCCCAAAACGGUAGGACCCUCGUGGUGAAAAGAGGCGUAGAGAGGCUUGCGCCGCUACCAACGUCGCCACCACCAUCGCCCCCGCCGCUACCAGCGAUGCCACCGCCAUCUCCUCCUCGGCCUCCGAGCUCGCCGCCUCCGCCAUACCCGUCGACCAUUAUCCAGCAAACUUGGCAGCAGCAUCGACGGCAGUGAUUACCUUCUCAUCGUAUCUUGUAAAAAAAAAUGGAAACCGGUGGGGCUGGUUCUUCCUUUCUAUAUACUCGAAUCGCUCUCUCGUUUUUAAUCCUGGGAAGAGAUAUCAGAUGCGAACGAAGUGAUAUCUAUCCGAUCAUUUUGCAACGCCGCGAUGAGAUGAUGCUUUGCGGUAAAAUCCCAGGGACCAAUCCUUUUUUGUACUUGACUACUGUUAAACGAAUAUUCAGUCAAAGUCAAAGGGAUAUGCUUCUUGAUUCGAAA